AUGAGAUCGGACAUACGUCUAAGGAGCUGUCCUCGUCAGAACUCAUCUGUCAAUUCUACUGCUUCCAAUAGAAACGCCCGUAAGUCUCCUGUUAUUACCCAUGUUCUCCUCCAUGACAAUCAGACAAAGAAACAAAUUAUUGAUCUUCCUCAGCCAGCCUCUGAUGCCUCUGCUAUUUCGAUUGUAACAGCCACUAGUUCUUCCUCUGCUUCACUUCCAUCUAAAAAAGCAAUGAAUGUCCAUCGAAUGAGUGGAAUGAAAUCCCUGUUUCUACUCCUGAGGCUGUAA